ACUCCGGUGCACGGACCAUAGCAAUCAUAAGUCUCGAUGAGCUCGGCCGACAUUGACGACGACAACGACGACCACAUCGCGGUUGACGACUCGCCUAUCUCUUGAAAACGUUUCUAGGACAGGGCCAUACCACCGUCAUGUCUCGCUCGCAAAAAAAUUCUACCUUAUCUCAGUUGGAGGACACCAUACUCGGUGUCUUCUCGCAUGUGCCAAGCUCGGAAACACUCGACCAUCUUGUGCGAUAUUUGAGUACAUGGAGUGGUAGCGACAAGCUCUUCAUGAUCAUACAAUAUUCCCUCAAAAUUAUCGUGCCCUUCUUGCAUCUACGUGCACGUCUUCAGCAUCAAGCGGGCUUGCGAAAGGAGCCCAUUAGUGCUGUAGCGCCUCAUCUAGCGAAACUGGGGAAUCUCGUUGGUGAUGCUAGAAUGCUCAACAAUAUAUGGGGUUUGCUUCCCAUAAUUCGCUGGUUGAUCAAUUUGGAACGCAAUCCUCCACCCACCCGCAACUUGCUUACCAUUGAGCGGUUGCAAGGAUGGGCCAUGCUUGGAUAUUACCCCCUCGAGCAUCUCUAUUAUUUAGUUUCCAAUUCAGUCAUCCCCGCCCAAGUCACCAUACGUUCGCCUAGUUCGUUGGUGCCAUUUGCGGGAACUGAAGGCAAGGAGAAACUAAUCAAUCUUGAUGCCGGGGUUUUGUCGCGUGCCUCUACACGUCUUUGGGCCCUUUACGUCUUUCUUCAGCUCGCCCAUUUACGUGAAGACCGUCGCUUACUCAAUAUCAGGCAGCGCGCUCUCAGCAAGACUAAGACACCUGCUGCUCAGGCAGAAAAAGAGGAGUUGCGUCAACGCUGGGACGCCCUCUGGAGUGAGGUCAUUGUUAAUGUCAGCAAUGUUCCGCUGACCAUACACUGGUCUUUGGAGAGAGGUCUCUUUGAGAAUGAGGUUUGGGUUGGAAUCUUCGGUCUUGUGGCCGCCUUAGCGUCCUGGAGAAGCGGCUGGAAAGCUACGGCAUUACCUGCUUCUGUUCCUAGGCCGGAUGUCCAACCGUUCGAUGUGGAGAAGCCCCCGCUAGAAGAGUCGUCUGAGAAGGUCCCUCCUGUGGACCUCGAUUCCACUGAAGGAACUUUGUCUGGGUCGCUUGAAGACCUGUGAUUGUUAUAUUAUUAGUAUCUAUCGAUAGUGUCUAACAAGGAAUACGAACUUCAUCCACUAAUGAUAUCACGCUAUUCUGGGGUAUGAGUGGCAGCUUGUGAAAUGAUGCAUCGUCAUGCACCUUACCUUCUUUAGUCUACCAAGAGGUACACACAGACAUUAUUUCUCAAUCCACCCCAGAAAUCGCGUUGUUUUACGCAUACCCUCGUGUACUCUCGCCAGACUUCUUACUUCGCCAUGGACCCUGAAGUGAUCGGGCGAGCCAUCAGCGCUCAGUCGCAUGUCGAUCGGGGACCCACAAACAAGCUCCACUUCAAAAGGUUCUCUUUCACAAGCGCUUGGCUCGUCUCUUCAACUGCUAUUCUCUGCAGGACUGUAAGUGACGGCACUUGGCGUUAUGUUCUUACCAGCGUUCAACAUAUCAUUCUUGCACAGUGAGACUUCUUGUCUGUGAAUACAUACUCCCAUGAAUAAUAUUACUUGAUUUGUAAAGAUGUUGGUUCUCGGCAAUUGCCGAAGGCGGUGUAUCUGAUGAGGCGCAAAUUUAAGAUAGAUGUGUCUUCAAGUCGUUACUACUUUUCUAUUCCUAAACUGCUCAUUACUUAGCCUCUUACGUAGAAUAGCAAAGUUCCCAGU